AAUGAAAAAUGAAAAAUGAAAAAUUAGAAAUCGUGCUCGCUGGAUUCUAUCGAAUGCGUCCACCAACCAACGACCACUCUUUUCUUCUUCUUCUUCUCCGAAACCAUAAAUUCCUUAAUCGUCUUCUUCUUUUCCCUAUCUUUCUUCUUCAGGAUCUCCCAAACACCAAUCCUGAGAGACCCAUCUUCCUCCGUCGCUCCCCCUCGCGGGGAUGCGGAAUCCUCCUCCAAUCCUCCGCCUGAUGCUAUGAUUUCUUCCCGAGAUCCCGACGCUCUUUUCAGCGGCGGCGGAAUCAGCUUUUUAGCGGGGAAUCGGGCUGUGAAGUUUAGUUAUGGGUAUUCAAGUCUCAAGGGUAAACGAGCGACCAUGGAGGAUUUCUUCGAGACUAGAAUAUCUGAUGUUGAUGGACAAAUGGUUGCCUUCUUCGCCGUCUUCGAUGGUCACGGUGGUGCAAGAACUGCAGAAUAUCUUAAAAACAAUCUUUUCAACAACUUAGUUACUCAUGAUGAGUUUAUCUCAGACACCAAGAAAGCCAUUGGGCAAGUGUUUAAGCAGACGGAUGAGGAGUAUCUCACUGAAGAGAGAGGACAGCCUAAGAACGCUGGCUCAACCGCAUCAACUGCUUUGCUUGUUGGAGAUAAGUUAAUUGUUGCUAAUGUUGGUGAUUCUAGAGUUGUAGCGUCUAGAAAUGGCUCAGCUGUUCCACUUUCUAAUGAUCACAAACCUGAUAGAUCAGAUGAGCGACAGAGGAUUGAAGAUGCUGGUGGCUUCAUCAUCUGGGCUGGAACAUGGCGAGUUGGUGGAAUUCUUGCUGUGUCCCGGGCGUUUGGGGACAAGCAACUUAAGCCAUAUGUAAUUGCGGAGCCAGAGAUUCAGGAGGAGGAUAUAAGCACGUUGGAGUUUAUUGUUAUCGCCAGCGAUGGAUUGUGGAAUGUGUUGUCAAACAAGGAUGCCGUGGCAAUAGCACGAGACAUUUCAGAUGCGGAAGUAGCUUCACGAAAGCUUGUUCAAGAAGCAUACGCACGGGGUAGCUGCGACAAUAUCACUUGCAUUGUUGUUCGAUUUGAGGUUUCUUGAGAUAGAACCAAACUCAUACAUUGUUCUGCUUUGAAUGCAUCGUCUUCAGCUAUGGCCUUCUCUUUCCAUGUAUUGGUUAUAUAUAAACGAAAAAAAAAACAAAAAACUACGAAACUCUACGGCCCCCCUAGUUUGUCUCAAGAAAUGAUUUUUUUAUUUUUGCAAAAGAAACUGAAAUACAGUUGUUUCUAACUAGCCUUCAGUAUAUUCUUCCGCUUUCGACUUG